CAGCUCGCCUCCCUCGGCUGCAUCCACAUAGCGCCCGACCUCGCCCCUGGCGGCUGGCCCUAUGAUAUACGCCAGAUGCUUUCGUGGGCGUUCGAGCCGGCCGACCAGGGCAUGCUGGAAGAGCUGGUGGCGCGCGGCCGCGCCGACGCGCGCGCGUGGGCGGCUGCGACGGGCGUCGGCGCGCUCGCGGCGGCGAGGAGGGGGGCGGCCGCGGGGGAGGGCGUGGGGGCGGCGGCGGCGACAGCGCCUUCCGCGACCGCAGGCGGCGGCCUGGUCCUGCCAUAG